CAGAUUUUUUUUUUAAAACUGCGCAAUCGAUCAACAUUCUCCCAGCUCUUGAGUGUGAAAGAGCCAGCGAUGUAAACUCAGACUCCGGAACUGACUUUGCCGCUGGAUUUGCCAGGCUGGAAGUGAGGGCACUGAAUGGGGAGCUCAGCAGUGACACAAGUGAUGGAGGAGACACAGAAAUCAGCUCAGACACCCAACUGCCGCCUCGCACACGUCUUUCAGGUUGUCAGGAUUAGUCUUGUCUCCUACCCUCACCUGUUCUACCUGAUGCUGUGUGUGCUGACGUUGAGUGGGGUGGAUGCCAGCACAGAGACACUGUGUGGGGCAGAGUUGGUGGAUGCUCUCCAGUUUGUGUGUGGCGACCGAGGCUUCUAUUUCAACAAACCCACAGGCUACAGGUCAAGCGUUAGGCGGCCACACAGAGGGAUUGUGGAUGAGUGCUGCUUCCAGAGUUGUGACCUCAAGUUGCUCGAGAUGUACUGUGCAAAGCCCCAGCGAGCAACUGGCCCCGUACGUAUCCAACAUCACACUGAGAAAGGACAGAGGGAGAAUGUGUGGAGGAACCCCAACCGGGCUAAUGCCAGCAGUAUCCAGCGAAAUUCCCGGAUUUGAGAGAGUAGGCAAUGAAGGGAUCAGAGGCGAACCUGUUCCAGGAUAACACUGGUGUGGGCUCACUGCAUAGCGAAACACCAUUCAACAAUCAAGAGUCACACACUGGUCACAAGAGAGAUCUGUUAUUGGGUGAACACUUCGUAUGGAAAGCACAAAUCCUCUGUUGCCUUGUCAGAAUUCCCAGGUUUUCUUUGGAGGGGGGGAAUAUAUAGAAGGUUUUUUGAAUGGAUCCUAUUACCAGAGAACAAUGUCUUUCUCAGCAGGUGUGUUACAUCCAAAUGUCCAUAGCCAACGAUGAGUUAAUCAACUGCAUUUGUGUGGACCAUUGGAGUGCCAGAGACUAAGAAACAGAUUUCAUUUUAACUUGCAACCAAAGAUUGUGACAUAUGUCCUUUUUAAGAAGCUAAUUGUAAUCAUAGAUGGCGCUGGAUUCAUGGUUGACUGUGCAGGACACUAAAUUACACAUAAGUAGCAGGUUUGCAAAAUCAAAAGAAAAUGCAUUCUAUUUACAUUGGGCUGCAGCAAAUUAAUCCUUCUGUUUUCGCUCAGGAUGGGCCAUGCUAGGGAGGGGAGGGCAAGUGAUGGUGAUGGGUUGAGGCAGAGGCUUGGAUUGCAACAUUUAUGCAGUUGUGGCACGGAUCCAUGGCAAUAUGGUAAUUGGGCUAUAUAUCAAAAGUGCAAGCCAAGUUACAGGUACUUUCAAUAUUUGCACACUUUAGCGUGUUGAUUUUUGUAACUGCAGAUACCAUAAGAUUACGGAAUACAAUCUGAUGCAGUUUCACUGAUAACCCAGGAUUUCAAUCAGUACAAUAAGGUCUCUGACCCCUCGGUAUUUUGUUGCUAAGAAACUGUAAUGUUUUAAACUUGAAGUUUACACAAGAAUCACACUAUUCUAAAUCACCCCUAUGAUUUCGUAGUUUCAUCUCCAACUUGUCCACUAUUUUAGCAAGGCUGCAUUUUAAGAGCAGAACUUCACCCUGCUACCCUUAUAAUCUGACAAUGAUAAUGUUUAAAUGAACUGCUUCUUCCAACUUUUAUCUGAAGAAUAGAUUACAUUGAGUUUCCAGCACAGAAACAGACCAUAUGGAAUUAGUUAGCUCAGUUGGCUGGGCAGCAUGGGUUUAA